AUGUCUGACUUGGGCACCAAAACUGACAGAACUCAAUGUCAACGGACCUGCCAGGAGUUGCAGCUUUGGCAUAAGAUGAUGGAUGAUGUUACAAUGACAAUACGCGACUGGGUCAAACGCUUUCAAGACAUUGAUCCAAGUUUUGUAAUCGAGAAGGAACUUAUAUGUUACAUGAGCACCAUAGAGACCGCAACAAGGGAAUUGAAUGUAAGCUUUGAGGCUGGUGACUCUGGGCCGGCUAUAACUAUCCUGUGUCACACUAAGAAGGUGAAACAGAUGACCAGGAGGAUGUUCAACGCUGUCCUGAAAUGGAUAGGAAGCCUAGCAAACUUUCUCAACUGGAUUUACCCGGCUUGGAGGAGUGUUUCCGAAAACACCAACAGCAGUGCCGCGACCACGAAACUGCGGCUAAUACUUAUGGAAGUGCAAUUGUGGGGCAUGGCUGAAAAGACACAAGUGCCCUUCAAGAGUACAUCAGACAAGCCCACGGGGAUAGCUGAGCUGAGCAAGCUGCUGGACAAUCUUUUGUCACUGCUAGAAGACCCAACAGAUGCCCUUGAGCUAGGAGCUGAUGACGAUACACCUCCUACAGAAGCCCCGGAAAACCCCGAGGGUGGAAGCGGGACCGAAAUCGGGAAGAAAAACAAGAAGAAGAAGAAGAAGAAGAAGAACGGGGACAAAACCACAACACAGGGCACUUCAUCUGAGUCUGGCGUCAACGCAAGAUACAGGCAAGAUACAGCCACUACACUGGUCAAUGACGACCUGGUUGAUCAAGGACAUGUCAAGGAUUCUCACAUUUCUCUGGCGGACAGCACUGAGCGUUUGAGUGGAAUCCCAUACGUCUCCAGCCCAAUGAGCUCUACCGCUACGCUGGUAUGA